ACUGCAGUUCCUCCAUGGGCUCUACCGUCAGGGUGGUCAUUUCUAUAAGUUGAAGGGAGAAUCACCUGAGACAGUUUCCCAGCUUCUUGCCAAACUGGGGUCCGAGUUCGAAAUCGAAGGAUGGCCAGAAGUUCGCCUCGCUGGAAGUCAGGCUGAGGUCGAUCCGGAUGCCGACGUUUCACUCCUGGAGGCCGAAAUUAUGAUAGUCGAAACCAGGGCCACGACUGAAAAAACAGGCGACUCUAUCCGCGAUCUGUGCGCCGAUUGGGCUCUCGCAGAGAUAAGACACGUCGCCAGGUUGCGAUCCUGCGUCCCGCUGUAUGGAUCACCGUUGACACAGCUGGGCGUCCUUUCUCCGCAGGACUUUUCAAAGAUUUGCCAGCCCAUCACAGCCCUCGCCGAAACAUGCAAUUCAGCGGCGGCCAAGAUGAAAGAGCUGUUGGACAAUUGGAAGACGGGAACAGAUAUGAUAGAUACGAUAGGAAACAUCUUCGAUGAGAAAUUUUGGGGGCAGUACGAAAUUUAUCAAAGCACAUACAGAAGUGCGAGACAGACGAUAAGAGAAAAAUCCAAGGGUGAUGACGAUUUCGUCGAGCUGUGCAAGUUGCGGAAAGGCGCCGCAAAGUUUGGCUUAAUGGACAUCCUCGAUUUACCGGUCCACAGAUUGGCCCAGUAUGAGGAAUACUUCGAGAACCUCCUCUCGGAUGUGCACGGCGACCAGAUCCGUGAUCAUGAAGAGCUGCAAGCAGCGCGCACCAGGGCUAAACAGGCUGUAAAAAGGGCUCAGGAAGAGAGCGAUCUUGAGAGGAUCCAGGACCUGUUCCCGAACGAUUGCCUCAGACUGUACGAUAAGGAUGUUCUAACCAUGAGGAUGAAGGGAUUGAUGAGGAAGAAGUCUAGUACGGCGACGCGGCUGCAGCGCGCACUCUCGGCCAAGUCUUUGCGGCCUGAGUCGCCUCCGCCGCGUCAGGGCCCUCCGCAGGCAGAAAAGCGUCAGUUCAUAAUGGAGACCAAAGUGCAAUUCACAGCUGGCGUCCAGAGCCAAGAGAGGCAUCUGUUCCUCUUCAACGACCUCCUGCUGAUCGCGAAGGCGAGAUCGGGUGGUAACUUCAAGCUGAAGGAGAAGGUGCGUGUCUCGGAAAUCUGGAUGUGCCUCUCCGGGAUCGAGGACGUCUGCGAAGUGUCCAAAUCUAAGGAUACGUCGUUCGUCCUUGGCUGGCCAACCACCAACUUCGUAGCCACCUUCAGCACUCAAGCUGCUAGAGACUUGUGGUGGUCAAAAUUAGCUGAUGUUGUGAGUGUUGAGAAGGCGAAGGAGCCUUGUACAACCAACAUCCAAGUAAUUUAUUAUGACCAGGCAACUUCCAUUGAAUAUUGCAAAACAUUCAGUGUUGGUCCAGAUGAGACAGCUAGGAGUUGCAUAUCGAUGGCUCUCGACCAUCUGGAUCUCCUUCGGGAUCCCGAUGGAUACCAGCUAUGGGCGAAGACGGCCAGGGACGAAGCGCCGUAUCCUUUGUUGGGUCAUGAGAGGCCUUUCGCCAUUAAGCUCUCCUGCCUACGAGACAGCCUUAGUGCUGAGGAAGGCUUCGACUUGGACCAUUGCAACAAUGUUCAUGACCCUCUUGCCAGAUGCCAGUUUAUAUUAAGGAGUGUGUGUAAGACACCUGACAGCGAGAAAAAGCUUGCAAAAAAAUCAACAGGAAGGAUAAGAAUCGGACAGGUUUUCAGAAAAAGCCUUUCCAAGGAGAACGCCGGAGGGUGUUUGUUUGGACUACCCUUGCAGCGUAUCUGCCCUGGAGAUCAGUUACCAAGACCUGUCAUGAACAUGCUGCAACAAGUUUUCAAUAAAGGACCAUUCACACAAGGUAUAUUCCGUAAAUCUGCCAAUGUGCGUCUGGUGCGUGAACUAAGAGAGAAAAUGGAUCGUGGUGAAGAAGUGGUCCUGGACCAUGUCCCGGUACCUGUCGUUGCAUCCCUAUUAAAAGAAUUCCUGAGAUCUCUUCCUGAUCCUCUACUCUCAGCUAGCCUAUACCCGAGGUGGCGUGAAGCUCUCGAGGCACCUAAUAUUCAUCAGCGGUUGUUAAGAUUGAAAGGAGUGAUUGAAGAUAUGCCAAAACUUAACCGUUUGCUCCUCUACCACGUACUUUGUGUACUUCACCAUGUUGGAAGGAGGUCGUGCACAAAUCUCAUGUCACCCACAAAUCUCGGUGUGUGUGUAGGGCCAUCACUGCUCUGGAGUGAUUCUGUUACCCCUGGUGAUUUGAGAGCAGUUCCCAUGCUUGUUGAAACCCUUGUGACCCACUGUGAAUUUCUUUGUGGCCCGAGGGUCACUCAUCUUCUCGGUGACCCUAGGGAUUCUGGCACUGAGGAAUCUGACUCUCUUAGAAGGGAUGACUCUUCUAUAGACAGUUUAGAGUGUAGUCCUCCACCAAGGAAAGACAAGAUUUCUCUGAGUCGUGAUUCAGGUCUGACGAUGUCAGAUUCCCAGCUGUAUACUCCAGAUGAGGAAGAAAGUGGCUCAACUUCCUCCUCGGGAUACGAUCCAGCCUUUGAUCCUCAUGCAAAAGUAACACCAACAAUGUCAGUGCCUGGAGAGUACGUGAGAGUUUAUGGAGGAUGGGAAGAGAGGAUAAACCCAAAUUUUCAGAGACAGGCUUGGUUUCGUCAGCGAUCAAGAAGGUUAAAUUCAAUUCCACAGACAAAGACUGAUGUAAGGAGGAGUGCCUCGGAAGAAUCAUUGCUUGAUAACCCAGCACCGCCAACUCCGCCAAGGCAAAACAAGCCGGAUUUGAAACCUUUUGACGAAAUGUUCAAUAGACACCCACCUUUGAGAAAAGUGACAGCAGUGCAUUGCGAAGUUAUUAGCGAGCCACGUAGGCGGCAAUAUCGAGAGGCAGUUUAUUCGGCAAAAAAACCACUCUCAGUUAGCAGUGCAGACUUAACAAGACUCAAACAGUCUACAGCAGUGCAGCGUCCCUCCCUGCCACAACCACCAACUCACCCGAGGCUUGAAGAACAAGAGGACUCUUCAACUCUAUCUGAUGACGACUGUACUCCACAAGUAUCUAGAAGUAAUUCGCGUGGAAAUGAGGUCACCCCAAGGCUUCGACACCUCCCACCAGUACAUGUUGAAACCUCGUACCUCCGUGGCCGCCUACGUACCUCGUCAGAUCAGCCUGCACACCGUUCAAGAUCACUCCCACCGCCACAACAAAUAAACAACAAUAACAACACAAAUAACAAAAGGGCUCCAAUCACCUCAUAUUAUCUUCCAGUGGUAUCUCCUUAUAUUGUUACCAGAGCGUAUCGGGACGAGGAAUCUUAUGUGUGAGAGCUUUAAGGAUGCCAUAAAUUUGUACAUAAAAUUGUUAUUUGUAUAAAGCUGAAUAUAAGAGAAAUUUUUGUUUUUAAUAAGAAAAAAAUAUGAACUGUGAUUCAUUUAUAGCAAGACAUUAGCUGUUUUUAGCCAUAUUAAUUUCAUUUAAAAAGAAGUAAUUUUUUAUAUUUUUAAUAUAUUAUACAUA